GCACCCGGGUCCACGGCUCAGCGGCUGGACCGCGGGGCCGGCGCCACUAUGCCGGUCACCGGGAAGACUUUUCGCCGGCGCCGGGCCGACUCAGAAUCGGAGGAAGAUGAGCAAGAUUCAGAGGAGGUUCGAUUAAAACUGGAAGAAACCCGAGAGGUGCAGAACUUACGGAAGAGACCCAAUGGGGUGAGUGCGGUGGCCCUGCUAGUGGGAGAGAAGGUACAGGAAGAGACCACACUAGUGGAUGAUCCCUUCCAGAUGAAAACCGGCGGGAUGGUGGACAUGAAGAAACUGAAGGAAAGGGGCAAAGACAAGAUCAGUGAAGAGGAAGACCUCCACCUGGGAACUUCCUUUUCCGCAGAAACCAACCGCAGGGACGAGGACGCCGACAUGAUGAAGUACAUCGAGACAGAGCUAAAGAAGAGGAAGGUCGUGGAUCACGAGGAGCAGAAAGUCAAGCCAAAGAACGCAGAGGACUGUCUUUACGAACUUCCAGAAAACAUCCGCGUCUCCUCGGCAAAGAAGACAGAGGAGAUGCUCUCUAACCAGAUGCUGAGCGGCAUCCCAGAGGUGGACCUGGCAUCGAGUACUGCGAAAAUAAAAAAUAUCAUUUCCACGGAGGACGCCAAGGCCCGGCUGCUGGCGGAGCAGCAGAACAAGAAGAAAGACAGCGAGACGUCCUUCGUGCCCACCAACAUGGCGGUGAAUUACGUGCAGCACAACCGAUUUUAUCAUGAGGAGCUCAAUGCCCCUAUCCGGAGAAACAAAGAAGAGCCCAAAGCCCGGCCCUUGCGAGUGGGUGACACAGAGAGGCCGGAGCCUGAGCGGUCCCCGCCCAACCGCAAGCGUCCCGCUAACGAGAAGGCCACGGAUGACUAUCACUAUGAGAAGUUCAAGAAGAUGAACAGGCGGUACUGAGAGGGACUUGGGGGGAGGGGGUGCUGGGGGAACAGUGCUGGAGGGAUGUGGAGAGCCGCCUUGCCCACC